CUCUUCCGUCAUCCCUUGUCCUCUCCUAUUCCCUGGUUUCGAUGCACCUCGUCACUGUGAUCCGCAGAACGCUACGCGCCGCACAAGAGACCACUGUGGUUCACCAGUCGCGUGUUCACCAAUCAGACAGCCGACCCAGUCAAAGUUCUUGAACGGUCUCGCUCGGUAGACGGGCUUACAAUAAUCAAACACGAGUCCAUCAGAUAUGAAGUAUUCGCCGCAGCAGCAGCAGCAGCAACAGAAGCAGCGAAAGUCUGAGAGUAGCGACGCCGCAUCCAUGGACGCUACUCUUAGCCGUACGUCGGCGUCUGGCACACAGGAGCAACGCAAGGCCUCGUCGACGUCGUCGUCGACGCGGGCACCCGUUUGCCGUUCACCAUCCACCGGCAUGUUCGCCUGGAUGCGCGUAUUCCGACUUGCAUCGAUGUUGCACCAGGUCGGCUGCUAAGACUCACCUUAACGAGUAUGGAUCGUGAUGAAAGGAAAACUGGAAAGAGAAUCAGAAAGAAAAAAAGAAACCGAUAGAAUCGUACACUUUAACAAUCUCAGAUUAAAUAAUUAAUAUCGUACAAUACAGUGGAGACGCGUGUAGCACACGGACGCAAAGCGGCGACUCUAUGUUGUCCCCCUUUCGCGUCGCGAUAAAUAUAUAUAUGUAUAUAUAUGUAUAUGUAUAUACAUAUGAAUAUAAUAUAUUUAAGCACGGCCGAGUUGUUAACAUAGAGAAACGGCCAAUGUCAUAGCUCGAUUAUAGUGCAUUUUACGCGAAGACGAAUCGCCGAGUUGCGAUUUGCCGUGUACAGAUGUUGUUGAGAUUUCGUAAUUUGUAGAGAGAGACUCAAGAGAGAGUGAAGAAGCGGAUUCACUGGAAGUCACUAUUUUCAGCACAUCUUUUAGUAAUGGGCGAGAUCUUUAACCUCUUUUCAGAUUUCAAAUACUGAUUACAUUACCUUAUAAUAUAUUAAUUUUCUUUUUUGUAUAUAUGAAUACUAGAGAGAUAUUCUAAUGUUACAUUAUUCACUAUUAUUUAUAUUAAUACUGGGAAGAUUUUCGCAAUUCGACAAACAUUACACGCUUACACUGUGUGUGUGUAUAUAUAUAUGUAUAUACAUAUACAUAUGCAUAUUAAGGAAGUUGUGCUGAAAGUGGCGGAACCAAUCAAAGGAACACUAUCCGCUCCACUCUCUCUUGAGUCUCUCUAGCAAUUUGAAUCGCGUCCACGCUACAUCAUCUAUCCUGACAAAUAUGAAGAUGUAUACUUCUCUGUUGUAUUUCCUGAUUCACUUAUUUAUCUAUUUAUGUAUUUUCCGUAUUUCUCCGUAAGAUUUAUUCCUAUUCGCUUUUUAGUUUAAUUAAUUAACGCUGGUUAUUCGACUAUCAUUUCGUGCAAGACACUCGAUUUACUUUACGCACGAUAUAAGCGUGCAUAAUUAGCCGUUAUACGAAUCCAUUUAUUUCUCUUCUGCGAAAAGUUGGGCGCGGUUCAGAUUGCGUACACAGAGUAAAAACGCACGCAUACGUGUUCCACGAAUAACGUGUAUAUCUUUCGUGCGUACAUAAAUAAAACUACAAAACGCGGGCUAUGAAGUAAUAUGAAAAAUUACAUAGCAAUUUGAGUAAGGUUUAAAGAUACGAAUUGAUUACGAAUUGAUUAAUGGAAAGACAGUUUCAUAGACGAUCCUUGGUAUACUUUGAUAAAUUGGAUGACAAUGAUGUUAUGUAACGUUAUGAUGAUGUUAUUCGUGGAACUCAGUCGUGAUUAGUGAUUAAAUAUUACAAUCGAUUGAUUCUUACGUAGCACGAGCCUUGACGAAAUCGGAAACGAUUUGUCGAUUAGAGGGAAAGGCUCCAUCCAUUCCGGAUGAACGCGUGCGUCGUGAUUCGCACGCGUUGAAUACACGUCUGCCAAUAACAGCGAUAUGAUUCGUAGUCGGAUUACAAAUACUACAGAAUGUGGCGUUGCAACGCUCUGCGAGGCUGACAAGUUUAGUUUUAAUCCGCAAUCCUUCACCUCCUUGAGUUUCUUUUCCUUCUCUUCUCUUCUCGUCCUCCGUUGCUCGACCGAUGACGUCGGCAUAUCCCGCUGCGCACCGUGAAUUCUAUUUUUAUAUAUCACACAUACAAAUGACGAGAGAGUGAUGUAUCGUUUUUUCCUGUCUCUUUCCUCCAUCCCUUUCAUUCCCUUAUUGCAUCGUACUUCUUAUCACGAACAGGAGAAAAAUGAUGAGACCCGGUUAAUAUAAGACCUCGGAGGUUCGCCCCUGGAAAAAAAGAGGAAGUCACGCAACUUUCUCUAAGGUUGUUCGUGAGUACGUCCGAAAUCAUUCUCUACACAUUGAUUGUCUCGUCACGUUCAGCGCCGAGCUCUAUCAAUGUUAUAUCUCGUUGAUCUUUACAUGGAUAUAUGCAUAUAUUUUAUGAUUGUGCAGAUUCACAAAUAAAUUAAAUAUUUGCUUUAA